GAGUUCUUUUGAUCGUUUGCUUUGCGUUGGUUUUGCACGAUGCCAGCGGUGCACCUAAUGCGGUUAAAGUGAUGAACAAUAAGCCCGUCCCACCACUCCAUGCCACACUUCAACCAAUAUUAAAACAUAUGAAAAAAAAGCCAGGACAAAAGCCACCCAUGCCCAUUUCUCCGGUCUUAUCCAGCGCUAGCCCAGUAAAUCCCUUAUAUAUAGGCAUGGGCUAUCCAUAUUCAUCAGAUUUGUCAACAUCAACCAACUCAUUCGAUGGAGAUGAUAUAAAGAGGAAAGUCUCCCCACCACACAACUCUAUUCCAAAGUCGCCAGUUCCACCAGUACCGACUGUAACUCAAGAAAGUCAGGGAGCUGACCAUUCUGCAUCUAAAAAAUCACCAGUACAACGAAAGACAUUAGACGCAUCACAAGCGCAUGCAACAAAACCAGCCAGUGGAGAUGCUCCAAUGAUGAAAACCUCCUCACCAAACAACUCAUCUCAACAACGAAAUCAAGCGCUAGAAACACCACAACAAUCUACUGGAAGUGGUGCAACAGGUACGACAGCUCCUUCAACAACUGUAACCAAUUCUGCUAAGCCACAUACAGCUGGUUCAUCAGAUUUAACGGCUGGAAUGCCUGACGCAUCUAUAGUUCCGGAGCCUACAUCUGAACCGCAUCACAAUCAUUCAAGCCCAAUGUCUUUUGUAAGAAGCCAAGUCGAAGCAAUUAACAAUCGCAUAAAGAAUAACGGUGAGGUGGCUCCAAGCAAUCUACAUUCAAACAAACCAUAUGCCAAACCAGUUAUGAUGAAUCCAGCUUUUGGAAACGUGAAAGCAAAAGCAAGAAAAGCCUGAACAACAAUCCACCUCAAAGAAGAAGCACUUUUUAAUUGAAAAUCUAAAAGGGUAGUUGACAUUUCAAUGUUUACCAGAUUUUAUAUUUAUUUAUCAAGCAUAAAUUUUAAACGAUACAGCAUGAGUAUAAACUUUGUGGCUCGCAUCAAAUAAAGACAGAAAAAUAUUUGUUUUAUUGAUAGAUACCCGUGUGAAAAUAUUCUGACUGAGCAACCAAUCGAUUAUUUUGAUACAUAGUCGACCGGCUAAAAGUGAUUAUUCACUAAAAGAACAAUGCUCAUAGUUAGCUUCAAACACAAGCUGACUGCAGUCAAAAAUGUCCCAAAUUAAGCG